AUGUCCAGUAAACAACAAAAUCGCCGAAUGAAAUGGAGCCUGGAUAAUAUCAGGAUUAACCGUCUUUCAACGGAAGCUCUACAAUCGCCCCCAGGUUAUAGUGCAGCAAGCAUUGGUUCUAACAGUGAAGUAGCGAAAAAAACGGAUGUAUCCCGAUUAAUCACAAAGAAAUCAUGGGAUCUAGCCUUGGCUCCAAUGAAACAAGUACCAAUGAACCUAUUCAUCAUGUACAUGGCAGGGAAUUCUAUAUCUAUAUUCCCCAUCAUGAUGGUAGGAAUGUUGCUCAUGAGACCCUUACAGGCAAUCUGGUCAACAAAGUCAACUUUCAAGAUGAUGGAAACCUCCAGUGCCAUUUUGCAGAUGAUUGUUUAUGUUCUUGGGAAUUUUGUGAAUAUAGGUUUAGCUUUGUAUAAGUGUCACAGUAUGGGAUUGUUGCCCACACAUGCUAGUGAUUGGUUGGCUUUUGUUGAGCCUCCAAUUCGGCUAGAAUAUCUAGGUGGAGGAAUAAAACUGUGUUAA